AUGGUUAAGCAUCCGGAUCCUACUCACACGGAAGCGUGGUAUGCUCCGGGUCCAUUGGCUCUCAUGAACGUCAUGCCAUGGAAUGUUCCGAGAUUGGAAGAGGAGAACGAUAGACAAGCGCAAGAAAUGUGGUCUGGAGAUGAGACCCCUGACACAGCGUUGCAGAGAGAGACACCCGCCAACGUCGAAGAGCCAUCAGGAGCAAAAGAAACAGAAGACAUUGGGGACGUUGAGGACAAAGUUGUGGAAGAACCGGAAGAAGACAACCUAGAUGAAGAAAUGAGGGAAGAAAUCAGGGAAGACUCCCACCGGUCCGGACGUUUCGUCACCUACGCCCUCUCACGAAAGAGUGUGAUCGACAUGAUUGGGAAAAACAGAAACCUUCAAGCUAGAAUGGGGGCUCAGCGCAGUGGCAUGGGAACAUACGGCCUCCCUCCUGUUGCAAAAAGAGUCUUCCGACCCGAUAUGGGCAACUUGCUACUCAAGAUGAUGCGACGCCGAGCUGUCGAUGCCCUCAUCGAACGAAGCUCUAGUAGGCGCGAAGGAAAGGACCUCCAUAAAUUCAUCAUGCCGGUUGGGAGUUGGGAGGACGCAGCACGAUCUGUUGCUGGCGGGGCUGUGCUCUACAUACCAACAGAGCCAACAGAAGACAUGAAUAAUUAUGCCACUCUUGACGUGGAGAAUGCCAAUUACGGUAACAAGGUUGCAGUACACGACUUGUUAUUUCUACUUGGAGAGUCAGAGGUCGAGAGAUUAAAGACGGAGGCGGAGGAUUUCCAAGACCAGGAACUGUUGAUAUUGAAGAACCACAGGAGUGAAAGCGUACGAAACAUGGAUUCCAAUCCUGAAUGCAUUCAGCCUGCAGACUGGCAGACCGGUAAAGCUGUGCCAGUCUUCCUUCUCCACGAUGGUGGCGGCACAACAUUCUCAUACCACUGCUUGGAACCUCUGAAACGUCCUGUAUACGGCAUUUACAACCCCAACUUCCACAGUGGGGAGCCCUUUGACGGAGGGCUCAAAGACAUGGCCAAACUUUACACACGCUGGAUCAUUGAAACUGUCGAGAAGCCCGACUUUCCCAGGCAAUACAACUCGGAUGGAAAGAUCCCAAUACUUCUCGGCGGAUGGAGCAUGGGUGGCCACUUGAGUCUCGAGAUCACCAAGCAGCUCAACCCCGAGGAUACUGAGAUCCGAGUCAUCGGUAUUCUUAUGGUUGAUACAGUUUACCCGCUCAAAUACUCGAGCAAUAACCGCAAGAGACCGGGCGAGGGUUCAGAAGGCAGGAACAAAAAUCAGAUCCUCGCUGACAUUGCCAUGGCCGAUGCUCGCCGCAUGAUUCAGUCUUGGGACCCUCCGGUCUGGGACGAGGACUCUAUAGGAGAGAGGCCCCGAAUUUCUCUGCUCCGAGCCAAAGAGGCCGUGCCAAUCAAGGAAGGCGAAAAGAAUCUCGUGGACAUGAGCCGCGAGGAGCGAAACCUUGGAUGGGAUUUGUAUGACAAGAAUCUAUUCUCCGAAGUGGUGGAUAUUGAUGGUCAUCAUUUUGAAGUGUUUGCGUUCAAGUUUAUUGAAGAUAUCUCUGAGAAGAUGAGGGAGUCACUUGAUGGUUUGGAACGUGCUUCACGAAGCUGA